UAUUCUUAGCAAGCAAAGCAGCAAGAAAUAGCUCUUGAUGCUUCUUUUGAUAGGGAGAAUUUAGGUUGAAGAAAAAUUAUUUUUGGAGAAAAUGCCAAUUAAUAGAAUUGCAAUCGGGACGUCGGGGGAGGCAAGCCAUCCGGAUGCGAUUAAGGCAGCUUUAGCAGAAUUUUUUUCAAUGCUUAUUUUUGUAUUUGCCGGAGAAGGAUCCGGCAUGGCUUUCAACAAGCUAACCAAUAAUGGGUCAAGCACACCAGCCGGUCUUGUUGCUGCAUCAUUGGCUCAUGCAUUUGCCCUAUUUGUGGCGGUUUCGGUAGGUGCAAACAUUUCAGGUGGUCAUGUCAACCCCGCCGUGACAUUUGGUGCAUUCAUUGGUGGCAAAAUUACUUUGCUGAGAGGCAUUUUGUACUGGAUUGCACAGUUGCUAGGCUCAGUCGUCGCUUGCUUGCUUCUUAAGUUUGCCACUGGCGGAUUGGAAACAUCAGCAUUCUCUCUAUCCUCGGAUGUAUCAGCCUGGAAUGCACUUGUCUUUGAGAUUGUGAUGACUUUUGGCCUUGUCUACACGGUAUAUGCCACAGCAUUGGAUCCCAAGAAAGGAGAUUUGGGGAUUAUUGCUCCUAUUGCCAUUGGCUUCAUAGUAGGUGCCAACAUCUUGGCUGGUGGUGCUUUUGAUGGUGCUUCAAUGAACCCAGCAGUCUCAUUUGGUCCUGCUGUGGUUAGCUGGACCUGGACUAACCACUGGGUCUAUUGGCUUGGCCCAUUGGUUGGGGCUGCCAUUGCUGCCAUUGUUUAUGACAACAUCUUCGUUGGUGAUGCCUCCCAUGAGCCUCUCUCUACCAGUGAUUUUUAACAACUUCUUUCCUGUCAAGGCUCAAGUUUCUCUCUGAAAUUUUUAUGUCAUGGAGAGAACAAAAAAUGGGACAAGAAUUGAAGUUGAUUGUUUCUCAGGAUGAAAUUUGGGUUGAAUUUGAAUUGCUUGUAUUUUUGUCUUGUGUAGUAGAUGUAGUUGUUUUGUUCUAAAUUUGUGUUAUAGGAGCGAAUAAGAGCUUCUUGGCUCUCUUUGUUAUAUCAGUUAAUUUAUCAUGGUCAUCUGAAAUUCUUAAGAAAUUUUACGUAAGUUAUGCUGAUAUAUCGA